GCGGCUGCCAGCUCCCGGCUUCUGUGACUGUCACACUGCACCUGGGCUGAACUUGAAAAGAGAGUGAAGGGGCCAUUGGGCGAACGCUUUUGGCAGAUACAAGGGGUGCUUGCCGACGAGGGGGAGGCGGAUCUGUCUUCACGCCCCCCACCGUGCCCACCGCCACAGCACCUCCAUCUCUGCAAAUACGGCCCGAGGAGUGGAGGCGGCCACCGGACUCCCAAAGAGAUAUGGGGCAGCGGCUGUGACCGCAUCUCGGAAGCUACAACAACAGGUCGCCUUUCUGAGACUCCUUUGGCGGGAAGGGCCACUUGGAAAGGGGAGGUUUGGAAGAGCUGCAAGGGAAGGUGGUAGGGUUCUCGAAUUCAUCAGAAGAACACCACUGAGUGACUGUCCCUCGUUUUCUGUGUCCUACACGACGCGUACUGGCCCUACAUUAUCCGGACUGUGUCAGGGGAGAAAUCAGACACCUGUCUGAAGAAAUUGCUGCGCCUAAAGUCACCUGUGUACUUAUUCGUGCCAGGAGUGGCCUGGCCCAGCUGCUGGAAGAGAUCUGGUGAGGUUCUGCUGGGUGUGAUUGUAAGGACGCUGUACAUAUACACAUAUUUUUUCUUCUUACAAAUCCCUGCGUUGGAGGGAAACUUACCUUUCCGAGAACUGUGACUUCACCAGGAGCCCCGCCUUGGAGUAGGAGUGAUACCUCCAGACCGCAGCUCUCAGUAUUGGGUUCGACGGCAGGAAGCGAGUGAGUGUGGCUACUGUGACCCGCUGAUCGCCCUUCGUGCCUCCGCUUCGAGGAACCAUGGCGGCGGGUGUGGCCGCGUGGCUGCCCUUUGCUAGGGCAGCAGCCAUUGGCUGGAUGCCCGUGGCCUCGGGGCCCAUGCCGGCUCCCCCAAGGCAGGAGAGAAAAAGGACCCAAGAUGCCCUGAUUGUGCUCAAUGUGAGUGGCACUCGUUUCCAGACGUGGCAGGACACCCUGGAACGCUACCCGGACACUCUGCUGGGCAGUUCGGAGAGGGACUUUUUCUACCACCCGGAAACUCAGCAGUACUUUUUUGACCGUGACCCAGACAUCUUCCGCCAUAUCUUGAAUUUCUACCGCACCGGGAAGCUGCACUACCCUCGCCAUGAGUGCAUCUCUGCGUAUGAUGAGGAACUGGCCUUCUUUGGCCUCAUCCCGGAGAUUAUCGGGGACUGCUGUUACGAGGAGUACAAGGAUCGCAGGCGGGAGAACGCGGAGCGUCUGCAGGACGACGCCGAUACCGACAACACGGGAGAGAGCACGCUGCCCACUAUGACCGCCCGGCAGAGGGUGUGGCGGGCGUUUGAGAACCCCCACACCAGCACAAUGGCCCUGGUGUUCUACUACGUGACCGGCUUCUUCAUUGCCGUCUCAGUCAUCGCUAACGUGGUGGAGACAGUGCCCUGCGGCUCUAGUCCCGGGCACAUUAAAGAACUGCCUUGCGGGGAGCGGUAUGCGGUGGCCUUCUUUUGCUUGGAUACAGCCUGCGUCAUGAUCUUCACAGUUGAGUACUUGCUUCGCCUGGCCGCGGCACCCAGUCGUUACCGUUUUGUGCGUAGUGUCAUGAGCAUCAUCGACGUGGUGGCCAUCCUGCCUUACUACAUCGGGCUGGUGAUGACAGACAAUGAGGAUGUCAGCGGAGCCUUUGUCACGCUCCGGGUCUUCCGGGUCUUCCGGAUCUUUAAGUUUUCCCGCCACUCUCAAGGCCUGCGCAUCCUGGGGUACACGCUGAAGAGCUGUGCCUCAGAGUUGGGCUUCUUGCUCUUCUCGCUCACCAUGGCUAUCAUCAUUUUUGCUACAGUCAUGUUCUACGCAGAGAAGGGGUCUUCGGCCAGCAAGUUCACCAGCAUCCCUGCUGCCUUCUGGUAUACCAUCGUCACCAUGACAACACUAGGGUAUGGUGACAUGGUACCAAAAACCAUAGCAGGGAAGAUAUUUGGUUCCAUCUGUUCACUGAGUGGGGUCUUGGUCAUUGCUCUACCUGUUCCAGUGAUCGUAUCUAACUUCAGUCGGAUCUACCACCAAAAUCAACGAGCAGACAAACGGAGAGCACAGAAGAAAGCCAGACUCGCCAGGAUCCGGGCAGCCAAAAGCGGAAGUGCUAAUGCUUACAUGCAGAGCAAACGGAAUGGCUUACUCAGUAAUCAACUACAGUCCUCAGAGGAUGAGCAGACCUUCAUGAGCAAAUCCGGCUCCAGCUUUGAAACCCAGCACCACCACCUGCUUCACUGCCUGGAAAAAACCACGAAUCACGAGUUUGUGGAUGAGCAAGUCUUUGAAGAAAGCUGCAUGGAAGUUGCGACUGGAAACCGUCCUUCAAGUCACAGCCCGUCUCUCUCGUCACAACAAGGAGUCACCAGCACUUGCUGUUCACGACGACACAAAAAAACCUUCCGCAUCCCUAAUGCCAAUGUAUCAGGAAGCCACCGAGGCAGUGUGCAGGAACUCAGUACGAUCCAGAUCAGAUGUGUGGAGAGAACCCCGCUGUCUAACAGCCGAUCCAGUUUAAAUGCCAAAAUGGAAGAGUGUGUUAAACUAAACUGUGAACAACCUUAUGUGACUACAGCAAUAAUAAGCAUCCCAACACCUCCAGUAACCACCCCCGAAGGAGAUGACAGGCCAGAAUCUCCUGAGUACUCAGGAGGAAAUAUUGUCAGAGUAUCUGCUUUGUAAGACAAUUGGAACCAGGUCUAAGAGAAUUUGAGCUCUGGCUGUGGAAAGAAUUCCAAUGUGGAAGAAAGAAGAAACAAUAAACCUUUUGCAGAUGAAAACAGCAAGGCAAGAAGGUUGGCAGUGAAAUAAAAACAAAGCUUCCAAACUUGAGGAUGGAAAUAAAACCACCAAAUGGCAUUUCUAGACAGAGUCUGACCUGUUCUACAGAGAAGUAGUCUGUGACCCUUUGACUUUGUGAUUGAGCACAAUGAAAUGCCGCCUAGCGAUGCUUCUUAUGAUCUGAACUCUUUUUUAAUAAAAUAAAUAAAAUAAAUCUUUGAACAUAAUGUUCCAGUU